CAUUGACCAAGGCUUAUAUUUCCAUCUACUUCUCGUAUCACUCCAUAGUAUAAAACACCGAACAUCCCUCACCGUUUUCUCAGCUUGGUUGUUCAUAAACUACAAGCUUUAUAAAACAUCAUUCCCACCUAACGAACCUUUUCUCUCCUCAUUCUUUUGGAUUUAUUUUCGAAUUAAGAUAUUAUAAUUCCAAGUUUUUAGUAUAACCUCCAAAUGCAGACUCUCUCAGGUACUAAUUUUAUUUCUACAAGCUGGGGGAUGAAUUCGGCUAAAACGAGUCGAGUCGGGCCGAGUCAACUGACAGUUAGCUCGGUGUACCGAGCUGAUUCGGUAUCGAAUUCAGCGAACUUUGCGAACUCAGUCGGCGCGACUCGCGCCGACUGGCAGGCCUCGUGCGCGGUACUGGCCAGCAAGGUAGUCUCUCAGGAACAACAGAACACGGAGAAGACAGACGACAACAUCACUGCAGUGAAUGGCCACAAGACACUGGAAAUAGUUCCGAUUGAUAAUCUCCCGAAGCCGCUCACAAUUGCAGAUCUGUCUCCGGCUCCGAUGCACGGCUCGACGCUCCGAGUCGCGUACCAGGGCGUUCCAGGCGCGUACAGCGAGGCCGCGGCUGGAAAAGCUUAUCCGAACUGCGACGCGAUCCCGUGCGAUCAAUUCGAGGUCGCAUUUCAAGCCGUAGAGCUCUGGAUCGCAGAUCGCGCUGUUUUGCCGGUGGAGAACUCGUUAGGCGGCAGCAUUCAUCGCAACUACGACCUACUCCUCCGUCACAAACUCCACAUCGUCGGCGAAGUACAACUCCCCGUGCAUCACUGUCUCUUAGCUCUCCCCGGCGUUCGCAAAGAGUAUCUCACUCGCGUCAUUUCUCAUCCACAAGCUCUCUCUCAGUGCGAAAACACAUUAACAAAACUCGGACUCACUGUCGCGCGUGAGGCCGUCGAUGACACCGCCGGAGCUGCCGAGUUUAUCGCGGCGAACAAUCUCCGUGACACGGCAGCCAUCGCGUCCGCACGCGCCGCCGAUCUGUACGGUCUCCAGAUCCUCGCGAACGGUAUCCAAGACGAUUCUAGCAACGUGACUCGGUUCGUGAUGCUCGCGAGAGAGCCUAUAAUUCCCCGGACCGACCGGCCGUUCAAAACAAGCAUCGUCUUCGCACACGAUAAAGGAAUGUCAGUGUUGUUCAAAGUGUUAUCAGCAUUCGCAUUCCGCAACAUCAGCUUGACGAAAAUUGAGAGCAGGCCUCACCGGAACCAACCAAUCAGAGUCGUCGACGGCGAGAAUUCAGGCACGGCGAAGCACUUUGAGUACUUGUUCUUCGUUGAUUUCGAGGCGUCAAUGGCGGAUGUUAGGGCACAAAAUGCACUAGCGGAAGUUCAGGAGUUCACGUCGUUUCUACGAGUUCUCGGCAGCUAUCCUAUUGAUAUGACUCCGUGGUCACCUUCCCGGGGAGAUUAAACAUUUUUUUUUUUUCUUCAUGUUAAAUAAAUUCCAGGAAAUAUUUUAAUUUUAAUUAUGCCUCAAAAUCGGUAAAUACAUUUAUUUGAUGUAUAAAUUGUAAGGGUUUACACCUACUGCCGUGCAGAUAUUUUACAUCAUGCAAAAUCAUUUUCUUUUUAUGCUUAAAA